AUGAACGCACGCGCCUUCAACUCCAUGGGAUAGAAGAAUAGAGCCUCGCGCCGUCACGUUUGUCUAGAAGCCCGCGAACGACACCGUCCGCCGCGCGCAUUUUUUUCACCCUCAGACACCGCGCGCUGAAAAGCAGGUUCUGGGCUGAGCUCUAUUAAGUUUAUUUUCUGCACUAUUUUACCACCGUGAGCAUUACACACACGGAACAGACACGGGGACAGGAUGGAGAGCGAAAAGUAUUUGCCGGAGCUUAUGGCAGAGAAGGACACGCUGGACCCGUCGUUUCAGCACUCACUGCGGUUACUGGAACAAGAAAUUGAAAAAGUCCAGAAAGAUGAGGGCAAGGAAGAGGAGAAGUUCAUCGAUGUCGUCAUCAACAAGAACAUGAAGCUGGGCCAGAAAGUGUUGAUUCCAGUCAAGCAGUUCCCCAAAUUUAACUUUGUGGGCAAACUCCUGGGGCCUCGCGGGAACUCGUUGAAGCGGCUGCAGGAGGACACCCUCACCAAGAUGUCCAUCCUGGGGAAAGGAUCCAUGAGAGACAAAGAGAAGGAAGAGGAGCUGAGGAAGAGCGGCGAGGGGAAGUACCAGCACCUGAACGAGGACCUGCACGUGCUGAUCGAGGUGUUUGCCCCGCCCGCCGAGGCCUACGCCCGGAUGGGCCACGCCCUGGAGGAGAUCAAGAAGUUCCUCAUACCAGACUACAACGAUGAGAUCCGCCAGGCCCAGCUACAGGAGCUCACGUACCUGAAUGGCGGUUCUGAGGAGGCCAAGGUGCCGGAGGUCAGAGGCAAGACAGCCACGCGUGGACGAGGGACACCUGCCCCCGGACCGCCAAGGAGUAGAGGUGGAGUGCCCCCCCUGCAUGCGGCGGUACCCCGCGGAGCCGUGCCCCGAGGUGCUCUUCCGACCCGGUUACCUUCUUCCCGAGGAAGGGGCGUGCCGGCGCAGAGAGCGCGAGGCGCACCCCCGCCGGCAGGAUACCGACCGGCACCUCCCAUAGUCCAGGACACCUACGGCGAAUAUGAAUACGACGACGGCUACGGAACGGCUUACGAUGACCAGGGCUAUGAAUCCUACGACAACAACUACAGUAAUCAAGGACAGAACUCCGAGGACUACUAUGAAUACGGUCACAGUGGAGAGUCGUAUGAAUCCUAUGGCCAGGAGGAGUGGGCAAACAACCGCACAAAGGCCCCGUCAGCGCGCGCAGCCAAGGGCGUGUAUCGGGAUCAGCCAUACUCCAGAUAUUGAACUGUUUAUACAUCCGGCACCUGAGUCUCCGCAGCUGUUCCAGCUCAAGUAAUUUUUUUUUUUUAUGGACACUCCCUUUUUUUAGAAAUGAAACGAAAAGUCCCCACUUAGCAGUGGAUGGAGUCGGUGCCUGCCCCCCACGAGUCAAAGCUGUUUGGGCAGCUGGCAAUGAAACUAAUGGGUCGGCCAUCUUCUUUGUCUCCUCAAAGACAAAGCUACCUGCUGUUGAGGAUUGGUAACAUGACUCGGUACAUUAGGUUUCUCUCUCAGCGAUGUGACUGUAAAGGAUGACGUUAAUGACAUAACUCUAAAUAACUAUAUAAGACGUAAACAAAAUGAGGAGAUUGUUGAUAAGAUGUACAUAGACAGCUGUCACUGCGACCUAAUUGACCACUCUCUGUACUUAGAACAACGAAGACUCUGAUCACCUUUAAAAUGUUGUAGUUUAGGUCCUGAGAAAAAGUGCAGUCUUUUUUUCUCUUUUAUUUUCUUCCCCUGAAGAGGUGAUUUGGUGAAAUGUUUCACUUGUAAAUUAUACCUUCACACAGGCAUAACAAGAACGGUCCUUAUGUAUACAUAUUGUGUUGCUGUUUACUCCUUUUGUAAGAUAAUAGUACUUUAGUGUUAAAGGGCUUAUAAAAGCAUGGUUAAUACCUGUGGAAAGUGUCAGCUGUUACCCUUCUCUUAAAGCCUAAGUAGUUGUCUAAUCAUUGCUCUCUUAAUACAGUCCCUUUAAUUCAUCGUAAAUAGGUGAUCAUAUACUCUCUGUUAACCCGAUAACAUUAACUGCAAAAUUCACACUAAAUUUGAUAUUAUUUGAUUCUGGCUGUUAUUCAUUUAACCACGUUAAUCAAUCGUAUCAUGGAGAAUGAAUCAGUGAUCCCCGAAAUCUCGUGAGUUUUUGUUCAACCACGUUCAUUUUAAGCUUAUGUAAGCCCUUUAAU